AUGAAUUCUAAUCUCGAGUCGUUUGCGUGUUUGUGGCUCGAUCAAAAUAUUUAUUCAAGACAAGAUAAUAUUGAAACUCAGAAAGAACUUCGUCAAGUAAUUAAUCAUCUUCGAACAUUUGAUCAAUCAGAUGAAUGUGAACAAUAUCUUCGACAAAUUACAAAAGAAAAAGUUGUUCUCAUUGUAUCAAGUUCAUUAGGUCGACAAAUCGUACCUCGACUUCAUGAUCUGCCACAUUUUUCUGCAUGUUAUGUCUUUUGUCAAGAUGAGAAAACAAAUGACCUAUGGACUAAUCAAUAUAACAAGGUCAAUGGUGUUUUUACUGAACGUGCUAAACUCAUUGAUCAAAUAUCGAAAGAUCAAAUUGUUCGAAGUAAAAUAGAUGAUGGUGCAUCAAUAUCAAUAAUUACCUCUAGUUCUCAAUCUCUUCAAGUUCGUAAUGCUAUUUUUUUAUGGUUUCAAUUGUUUAUUGAAGUUCUUCUUCGUAUGCAUCAUAAAUCUAAUGAUCGUAAAGAAUUGUUAAAUAUUUGCAAACUUAGUUAUAAAGAUAAUGUAAAAGAGAUAAAAACUAUUGAUGAAUUUGAAAAUAAUUAUAAAGCAGAAAAUGCAAUAUGGUGGUAUACACGUGAAUCAUGUUUUUAUCGAAUGAUGAAUAAAGCCUUACGUGUACAAGAUUUUGAUAUGUUAUUUGCUCUUCGAUUUUUUAUUACUGAUAUAGCUAAACAGAUCAAAAGUGAAUACGAGAAAUUUAUUCGUACUAGUGAUGAUCGAAAUAUUAUUCAGGUUUAUCGUGGUCAACUUAUUGAAAAUGAUGAACUUGAACUAAUUAAAAAAAGCAUUGGUGAAUUUGUUUCAAUGAAUUCAUUUUUAUCGACAAGUCGUAAGCGGUCGACUGCUCUUCGAUUUACUCGAAUUACUCGCAGAACGAAUAAUCUUCAAUCAAUUAUAUUCGAAAUCAAAAUUGACCCGCGUUUACAAACGAAAGCCUUUGCUAAUAUUAGUCAAAUGAGUUAUUGUCAAAAAGAAGAUGAAGUAUUAAUUAUGCUUGGUGCAUUAUUUCGAAUUGAAGAAGUCAAUGAAGAUAAAGAGGAACGAAUGUGGGUAGCUCGUGUCUUACUAGCAAGUGAAGAUGAUUAUCAUUUGAAAGAAACAUUUUCUUACAUGAAAAGUACAAUUGGUGAUGAUACUGAUUUAGAUUCUCUCGGAAAAAUUCUGAUAGAAAUGGGUGAAUAUGAGCAAGCACAAAAAUACUACAGAAGAAUGCUUGAUGAAAUUCAACUUGCUAGUGGAACCGCCGAAUUAGGUUUAGGUAGAGCCUAUGGACGAUGCAAGAAGGUUGACGAAAGUCUUGAACAUCUCAAAGAAGCAUUGCAUAUAAGACAACGACUUUUAGGGCCCAAUCAUGCCGAUGUUGGAGCGUGUUACAGUUCGAUUGGAGCGCUACAUUGUGAAAAUGGAGAUAGUACACAAAAUUAA